AUGCGCUACGCAGCUGGCCCAUCGACCCUCGUCCGCCGCACGUCCGCACCCUCCUUCUUCACCACCUCCGAGCCCCUCGUCGAGCGCUCGACCGAGUCGCGCGAGGCGUCCGUCGCCCGCAUCAAGCGCGCCAAGCUCGCCGCCGCCAAGCGCGCCCUGCGCGAGACGGCGCUGCACGAACGAGGGCAGCGCCUCCUCAAGCGCCACAUUGACGAGGUCAACGAGCGCGAGGGCGUCUCGAAGCGCGACCUCGAGCGCCGGGCCGUCUUUGCUCGCGCCCUUAAGCGCUACCGCUGUGGAACCGACCGCGUCUGCGCUAAAGCCGUCACUUCCCCGAGCGAUUUGCCGACGAACGGCCGCGCUUUCUGCAACAAGAUCACCCACAUCUGCGCCGUCGGCUGCCAGCCGGGCUACAUCCUCGCGAGCGGUACCUGCAUCCAGUCUCAGCCGACGUGCGGGCCCAACACGUGCGGCACGACGCCCAACGGCGUCUUCCUGUGCUCCGGCGGGAGCGUGUGCACCCUCGCGUGCGACACGGCCAAUGGGUACGUCGCGACCAACGCCGGCACCUGCGUCAACGUCGAGACCUCGCCCGACAACUGCGGCGCCGCCGGCACGUCGUGCCCUGGGUCGUACAACGGCGUGGGAACGGCUGCGUGUCGGAACCGCAGGUGCAUCCUCAGCUGCCCUCGUGGCACGACGCUGCGGCGUACGCUCGACGGUCAAGCCCUGUACUGCUACGCGUCAGAUUUGGCUCGUCGCGGGUCGUCCCCCUCUUUUACCGGCUCCGAUCCCCUCGUCGAGCGCCGCUCGCCCGAAUCCCGCCAGGCGUCGGCCGCACGCAUAAAGCGCGCCAAGGUCGCCGCCGUCAAGAAGCUCAAGCGAGAGACAGCGGCGCACGACGAGGGCCAACGGCUCCUCAAGCGCCACGUGGACGAGGUCAAUGCGCGCGAGGGCGUCUCGAAGCGCGACCUCGAGCGUCGGGCCGUCUUUGCUCGCGCGAUCAAGCGCUAUCGUUGCGGCACGGACAACGUGUGCCUCAAAGCCGUCACCUCGCCGAGCGACGUGCCGACAAACGGCCUCGUGUACUGCAACAAGGUCACGCACCUCUGCGCCGUGGGCUGCCAGCCCGGCUUCAUUCUCGCGGGCGGCACGUGCAUCGCGUCGCAGCCGACGUGCGGGCCCAACACGUGCGGCACGACGCCCAACGGCGCCUUCUUGUGCUCGGGCGCAGGCGUGUGUACGCUUGUGUGCGACACGGCCAACGGGUACGUCGCGAGCGACGCCAACACGUGCGUCAACACGUUCACUUCGCCGACCAACUGCGGCGCGCUCGGGGUCGUGUGCCCCCCGUCGUACAACGGGAUCGGGAUACCGCAGUGCCGCAAUCGCGCCUGCAUCCUGUUUUGCCCUCCUGGCUCCUACAUGCGCCGCACGGCCGAUAGGACACGCUUGUACUGCUACGGUCUGACGGUGUCGGCGUGA